GAAGAUGGCAGCAGCCACCAGGCCGAAUUAGCGUCGGACUUGCCGACACAACGCAAUAUCGAGUUCAAAAGUCUGGUAGCUGCUCAUUCUCUUGGUAUGGAGCCGGUGAUCAUGGGUAUCUCGUUCUCCAUCAAACAAUCAGAGCAUGUCGCCCUAUGCGGAGGUUCCGGUUGCGGCAAUACCGAGGUCAGAUCACCGCUAACGGAGUCGAUGUCUCUACCAUGUCGUGCAAUGAUGUCUGUUCCCACCUCAAUUGUAGUGCCUCAGGAUCCACUUCUCGUACCUGGAAUGACACGUUUCAGCAUUGAACCUUUUGCAAAAAUCUCGGACGAAGACAUUUUUCUGGCUCUAGAGCGCGUCCGACUCUGGGUGAUCAUAUCAGAGCAGGGCGGCUUGAGUAAAGAUAUGGACCUGACUACGUGGUCAGUGGGCCAGAAACAACUAUUGUGUUUUGCCCAGGCCAUAUUUAGAAACUGUAAAGUAUCGAUCCUUGACGAAGCCACUAGUAUUGUCGAUGACGAGGCGGAAACAUCCAUGCAGAACAGCAUCGACACGACCUUCAAAGACUGCACUGUCCUUGCGGUUAUGCACCGUCUCACACAUAUCACUCGGUAUGAUAAAGUUGCGUUGCUUGAUCACGGCCACUUUAUGGGAUUCGAUUCGCCGGAGACAUCACUGGCCCAAGGGUUAAGGUUUCUAAGGUUGUAUCGUACCAGUGCUACGCAGCCGUAA